AUGGCUACUCCGCUCCGCCAGUCCACAAUGCUGUCCGUCAACAACAGCGCAACCCCUCAAUCCGCCUCGAGCGACAAAUCACAAUCACCGCAGACGCAAACCCUCUCGCAGCCGACCCCGGGACUGCGCGUGCCGUCCAAUCGCAAGACCAUCUACGACCGACACCUGAACCGGAGUCGCAAUGCCGAGCUCAGCCGGGCUAGCUUUGCGUUUUUAUUUGGGGAGAUGAUCACAUAUGCCCAGCGGCGGGUAACGGGGAUACAAGAUCUGGAGAAACGACUUAACGAACAAGGCUACCCCCUAGGCCUCCGCCUCCUAGACCUCCUCUUCUACCGUACAACGUCGACCUCCUCCUCCGCCCUCUCUAGCUCCUCAACCUCCUCGUCGCCCCCCAAUCGACCCCUCCGCAUCCUAACCCUCCUCCACCUAAUCCACGGGCCCCUGUGGCGGCUGCUCUUCGGCCGAUCGGCCGACGCCCUCGAGCACUCCGUGUCGCCCGACACCCCCAACGAGUACAUGAUCACCGAUAACGACCCGCUGGUCAACACGUACAUCAGCGUGCCGCGCGAGAUGAGCAUGCUCAACUGCGCCGCCUUUGUCGCGGGCAUCAUUGAGGGCGUCUGCGAUGGCUGUGGCUUUGAGACGAAGGUCUCGGCUCAUAACCAGCCCUCGGAGAUGUGGCCCAGUCGCACGGUGUUUUUGGUGCGGUUUGGUGAGAGUGUUAUGGAGAGGGAGAAGGUUUUGGAGAGGGCCGGUGUUAAAUAA